AUUAUGUUUACUUUGCCAGAAGUGAAAGUGAAAGUCUGACUACAACCAUACCGGUAAAGAAUACCAUCAGCAAAAGAAAAUGGCUUCUAAGUUUUCAGAAGUGGAUUUCUCCUGUCCUGUGUGCUUUGAAAUCUUCAAGGAUCCAGUUCUCCUGCAGUGCAGUCACAGUGUGUGUAAAGCGUGUCUGGAGCAGUACUGGGAGACCAAAGGAUCCAGAGAAUGUCCCGUUUGUAGGAAAAGAUCCUCCCUGAGUCAUCUACCCAUAAACUUUGCUUUAAGAAACCUGUGUGAGACUUUCUUACAGGAGAGAAGUCAGAGAUCUUCACCAGCAUCUGAAACAGUCUGCAGUUUGCACAGUGAGAAACUCAAUCUCUUCUGUCUGGAUGAUCAACAGCCGGUGUGUGUGGUGUGUCAAACUUCAAGAAAACACACCGACCACAAAUUCUGCCCCAUUGAUGAGGCAAUACCUGACUGUAAGGAGGAGAUCAAGAAGGAACUAAAACUCCUACAGGAGAAACUGGAGAACAUUAAAGACUAUAAACUGAACUGGAGUCAGACUGCAGAACAUAUAAAGAUUCAGGUCCAACACACAGAGUGGCAGAUUAAGGAGGAGUUUAAGAAGCUUCACCAGUUUCUACGAGAUGAAGAGGCAGCCAGGAUCACUGCACUGAGAGAAGAAGCGGAGCAGAAGAGUCAGAUGAUGAAGGAGAAGAUUGAGAAGCUGAGCAGAGACAUAUCAUCUCUUUCAGACACAAUCAGAGCCAUAGAAGAGGAGAUGAGAGCUGAAGACGUCUCGUUCUUACAAAACUACAAGGCCACAGUGAAAAGAGCUCAGUGCACACUGCAGCAUCCAGAGGAGCUUUCAGGAGCACUGAUCCAUGUGGCAAAACAUCUGUCCAACCUGAGGUUCAGAGUCUGGGAGAAGAUGCAGGAUGCUGUCCAAUACAUGCCUAUAACACUGGACCCAAACACUGCUCAUCCGCUUCUCAUUGUAUCUGAUGAUCUGACCACUGUGAGAAUAAGGGAAGAGGAGCAGAAGCUGCCAGACAAUCCAGAGAGACUAGAUGCUUGCUUAUGCAUCCUGGGCUCUGAGGGCUUUAACUCAGGGACACACUGGUGGGAUGUUGAAGUUGGAGAUUGUGCAGCCUGGUCACUGGGUGUGAUGACAGAGUCUGCUCAGAGGAAGGGAGAUAUAAACUCCAGAAAUGGACUCUGGUAUUUGUGGUAUUAUGAUGGCAACUAUGGAGGAGGUUCUACACCACAACCACACAGUCUCUUCUCAUUAGAACAAAAGCUUCAGACGAUCAGAGUGCAGCUGGACUGGGACCGGGGAAAGCUGUCAUUCUCUGACCCUCUUACUGGCACACAUAUACACAGUUUCACACACACAUUUACUGAAAAAUUACUGCCAUAUUUAGCUGUUGGUUCUGAAGCAUCUCCUCUGAAGGUCCUCCCCAUUCAGUACUAUGGAAAUGUAAAUCACUUAAGGUGUACAUAAGCU